AUGAGCUCAACAAGGACCAUCUCUGAAGUCAAGCUCGGUUUUCUUCGUGACCAAAUUCGCGUGCUGUCGGCGCCGCUCAGCCCGUCCCCUGACUGGCGCGAAUACGGUCCUGCCACUGAGGACGACAUCGGCGAGAAGGCCAUCAGUGAGAAUGCAGUCAACACGCUUUUGAAACAGCAUAACCGUGCCGUCUUCUCGACACAGGCAAUACAUCAUGUCUCCCAGCAGAUUGAGCGGCUUUACUGGGAUUCCAUCAGCCCGGAGUUUGGCCAAGAGGGUUCCCGACAGCCUGACAUUGACAAGGGAGCUGAUCUUACGAAUGCCAGGAAUAUCUCCAAAUUACCGGAUGAGUGGCUUGAAGACGGGGUAGAUGAGGAGGACAAAUCUCGAUAUAAGUUUCUUCGAGAAAGACUUGUCAAACUUGAUGCAGAACGAAAGAAAAGGGAGGAUAAGCUACUCCAAUACAAGCACUUGAAGAGCUUGUUGGAACCGUUUGAAGAUCCAUUGAAUACCAUCCAGCCUAAUCUUGCUACAAGGGACGGGGAACUCGGGGCAGAGCUAGACCGUAUGAGGAUGCUGCUGGCCAAGGUCGCAAGCAAAGUUGGGAAAAUUCAGAGCGACACUCAAAACUCCGAGAAAAAAGCAGAAGAAGAAGAAGAAGAAGCUAUUAUGGACACAGAUGACAAGCUAGCCAGACUGCUGGAUAUGACUUGA